AUGAAUUUUUCAUUGAAACUUCAGCCUUGGCCUUGUCCCAUAGCCCAAGUCCCAAGUCCAAGGGCCAAGUGUCCAAGGUUCCAUAUUCCCAGCCCAUGCCCAAUGCCCAAAAACCCAAUGCCCAAGCCCAAGGCCCAAGUCCCAAGGCUCAAAGGCCCAAAGGCCCAAGGCCAAAGGCCCAAGGCCCAAAGGCCCGAAGGCCCGAAGGCCCGAAGGCCCAAGGGCCAACGCCCAAGGGCCAACGCCCAAGGCCCAAGGCCCAAGGCUCAAAGGCCCAAAGGCCCAAGGCCAAAGGUCCAAGGCCCAAGGUCCAAGGCCCAAGGCCCAAGGCCCAAAGGGCCAAAGGCCCAAAUGCACAAAGGCCCAAGGCCCAAAGGCCCAUGGCCCAAAAACCCAAAGGCCCAAGGCCCAAAGGCCCAAGGCCCAAGGCCCAAGGCCCAAGGCCCAAGGCCCAAGGCCCAUGGCCCAAGGGCCCAUGCCCAUGGCCCAAGGCCCAAAGGCCCAAAGGCCCAAAGGCCCAAAGCCCAAAGGCCCAAGGCUCAAGGCCUCAAAGCCUCAAGGCCCCCCUCGCCUUCUCUGGAGCCCCGAAAAGGCGAGAACUGA